UACAUGUCAUUCGUGGUAUAUUCAGCGAACAAUGUGUAUGGCUGGAGAAAUGUACAAACGGUACAAACGAAGUUUUGAAUGUUGUCUGGAUUAUAUAUGAAACGCUAGAAGAUGGAUGGCAUUUCAGAUAUAUCGAAACGAAUGUGCCGUUUAUGUAUGAAUGAGGAGGAUGUCGUGCUUUAUGUAAUUAAUGAAAAUCCCGGUUUUAGAAACUUUGGUAUGCCGUUAUCGUGGAGAAUCAUGAUGUGUGUAGGAAUUGCGGUACUUCCUUAUGACAAUCUGCCUCAGUUUAUUUGCCACCGUUGUCUGUACAGAGUAGACUCCUAUUAUGAAUUCAAGGAAAAAUGUAAGGAAUGUGAUAAUUUGUUGCAGAUAGAGAGGAACACUGCUACGCCACUGUCGGAGAAAAAUGAGAGAAAGAGACGUGAGAGGAGUCCAUCUGAAUCUCCAGAAGAAGUAGAAGAAUAUGGAGAUGAACUACCAUUUGUUAUGGUUAAAAGUAAUUCUGUGCCAUUGGAUCACCUUACAGAUCCACUGACCUUAUCAGACAUUGAAAGUAACUCUCAGCAAAAGGAAGGAUUAUGCUUUAAUGCAAGCAUGGCGGCAUCAUCGUCAUCUCUAAAGGGUGAAGUCAUUCACAGUGUCCCUUUAGUUGAUGCUUCUGAAACUUCAAGCCUAGAAAGAGUGGCUGGUUUGCCAAAUCCCAGUCAGUGUGCUGCAAUACAUGCUAAGAGAAAAAGAAAAACUCUCAAACAGAUGUCAGAACAUAAGUUUGUUAAUGUAGAGGACAUGCUCAAGAAACAGUGCAGAGCUCAGAAGGUAGUGAAACGAGUUACACAAGAUCCCAAAUUAAUUUUGGCAAAUCGUACAUGUCGAAUUUGUGGUAUAGUAUGUACCUCUGCUGAAUUUAAGGAGCAUGCCAUGUCUCACAUGAUUGAUGAAAGUGGAAACAAGAAAUACACAUGUCCUGUUUGUGAUAAGAGUUAUUCAGCAAAAUCCUCGGUGAGACGCCAUGUGUUAAGUCACAAUGCUGUCAAACCAUAUGAAUGUUCAGUUUGUGACAGAUCAUUUUCAGAUAGGUCAAACCUUAUGAAACAUGAACAGAGGCAUAGUGGUCUCAAACCCUAUGCUUGUGAUCUAUGUAAAACUGCAUAUGCAGAUAAUUCGUACUUAUUAAAACAUGUAAGAAACUGUCAUUUAUGGAAGAAACAUGAAGUAGCAAGACAUAAGGUUGUUCCAAAUACUGAUCAUGAAUGUUACACCAAACGAGAGAUACCAAAGUCAAAGAGACACAAAGAAAGGAACAGGAAAAGGUGUGUUAAAAGACAGAAUACUAAUUCUACUACAAUAGCAUCAAUUGUGCUUACUAAUGAGGGUAAUGAAGGUUGUGUUGAAAUACCUAAGAAUGUAUAAAAAUGUCUGCAAGAAGAACCACCUAAAAUUUUCAUUGAAAAGGUUUUUUUUAUUGCUAGUGGGGUGAGACUAAGUCCCUUGUACUGCGGCCACUUCUGGCCUAUUGUACC